AUGUAUGCUACUAUCAUCAAACCUGAUAUUAGUUAUGCAGUCCAAACACUUAGUCAGUUCAUGCAACAUCCCAAGAAAUCUCAUUGGGAGGCAGCUACUAGAGUGGUGAAAUACUUGAAAGGAACAGUUGGCCUGGGUGUUUGGUUACAAGCUCAGCCUACCACAACAUUGACAUGUUGGUGUGAUUCAGAUUGGGCUGCAUGUCCUAACACUAGAAGAUCUGUUACAGGUUAUGUAGUGAAGUUUGGAGAGUCUCUAGUUUCAUGGAAGUUAAAGAAGCAACACACUGUCUCUAGAAAUUCAGCUGAGGCUGAGUAUAGAAAUAUGGCUUCAGCUGUGGCAGAGGUUACUUGGUUGCUUGGACUAUUCAGUCAGCUCAGUAUACCUAUUCAGAUGCCCAUCACAGUACUGAGUGAUAGCAAGUCUGCUAUUUAA